AUGUCGAAACGUUUUUCGUCUCCGAGGCAAGCUUUUUACGAUCGAAAUGGAAAAUUAUGGCCAAACAUGGAUGAAAAUUUCUUUCGUGAUCGUGAAAUCAAACCUAUUCGUCAGUCGGGACCACAUUGUGUAUCGACAGUUCUGGCAAUGUUAACUGAGCAGACGCCUGAAACUUUCCAAGGACAAAUGAAUACGCAAGAUCCAUCCUCGUGGUCCGCAGUACUACAACCGUAUGGAAUGAAACUGGCCUAUUGUCCAAUGGAUGUACGUAAACUGAAAUUCUACAUGGAUGAAUUGAUCGCAAUCGAUGAUCUUUUCACACUAAGCUAUUAUACAAGUAACGAUCCUAGUAUUAUUCUCGGCGACCCAAAUCCUACAGGCUGGAUAACUGGUUCGCAUAUAGUGAUAUUGCAUCGAGAUAAGAUCAUCGAUCCCGCUUCAGGAACAGUAACACCAGCACUCGAAGAUGUAUGUAAUAAAUAUCAUACAAAGCGUAUUUUUCGUGUUGUUCCUAGCGAUCAUGCUCGUGGACUUUGA